UUUAUGAAAUAAUUAGGGCUGAUUUAAUCGAGAUCCCAUUUCUUUUGUUGGCUUACUUCUCUCGAAUUUACGCAGGAAGAUCAUUAGCAGAGAAUUCUCAUCUGAUUCAGUCCAUGGCUGCCACGGCUCUUUUCCGAUCGAUUCGCCGACGCGACGUCGUCUCCGCGCCUCUUUCCGUUUACAAAUCCCUUGCUGGUAAUGCUCAACCUUCCUGGGGUAGUUCAUACAUUGGUCAGAACUAUGCAAGUUUCUCCAGAGCUUUCGGGUCAAAACCUGUUGUGAAUGACAUUCUUGGUACUGGUUUGGGCACUAACAAUGCCAUUAGAGAGGAGAGAGAGAAGUCAAAAUCUACUGAAGCUGCAAUUGUUGGUGCUCAAUUGACUCGAUCUUUCCGUGCUCUUGAUGUGGGAACAUCGAAACGAUUGUUUUCUACAAUCUCAGGGGAUAUAAAGACAACACAGGAGGAACCAAAAAUCAAAAGCUUUCGCCCUUUAUCUCCUCACCUUUCUGUUUACCAGCCUCAGAUGAACUCCAUGCUAUCGAUUUUCAACAGAAUCUCAGGGGUUUACUUGACCGGUGUCACUUUCGCUGGCUACCUUCUCUACCUGAAGAUGGGUAUGAUCUGCCUCACCUACCCGAGUUUCUACCAAGUCCUUUACCAUACACAACAGCAACUUCCAGUCAUCACCUCGGUUACUGCAUUAGCCGCUAUUUAUCAUACUAUCAAGAGUACUCACUCACUCUUGACCCAUUAAAAACCUUUACCAAAGCUCUUUCGAUGAAGCCGCCAAAGUCUCCAGUAAGAGUUUCUUUGAGAUGAUUAAUAAGGAGACAAGAAAACAUUUGUUAAACUCUGUCUUGAAAAGGUAAAGAUUUAGCACCUGUUUCUUUGGAUUCGAGGCUUUUUUGGGGGUAUGUUUGUUGCUUUUCUUUGUUCUCAGACCUUUUUUGAAUGAUGUAAUAAAUGUUUACCAAAGUUCUGUUGCUACGUUACUCUUUUUGCUACAAGUUUUCUUCAUGAAAUUUGUCAACUUCAAUUUCAGGAAAAGAUGAGUUAAAAUAUUGUUUUAUUUGCAGUGAUGAUGUUUUAAUUUUUAAUGCAAUUUCUAUCAAUAACUUUAAUCAGGCUAAUUUUUGCGUUUGUUAAAAAAAUUAAAAAAUUUAAAACUCUAUGCGAGUCCUCCAAAUCGAAAAUGACUUGGGACCGGAGCUCUUAUCUCUAUAACUCCUGCGAUUCCUAUUCCAACUACGAACACAGAAUCUCCUCUUCUCUAUAUAAGUAACACUUUUGCAAUCACAAUCUCUUCGAUUCUCUUUGUACGCU